ACGCGGCGCACUCAUGAUGUAACCGACGUGUACGACGGCCAGUGCGCAGCUCUUGGCGGUCGAAUCGAGUCCGUGGGGCGUUCCAGAGCGUCCACAUGAUGGCCGCGGUGCGUGCGCGAGACAACCACGCGCGCAAAAGCAUCCGCACUCGGUACACCGCGAACACCUGUAGGUGCGUGGACGCGGGUGGAAAGCUGGUCUUCCUAGCUCGUGCACACUGUCUGCGUCGUUUCGUAGUGUACAUUGUCGAUGUCGAGUGGAUCGGGGGCCAGGGGGCAGGCAGGACGGGAUGACCCGUACCCGCUCACGCGGAGAUCGAUCAGUCCCGUGCGCCCUCCGACACGGGCCACCGGACGUCUGCGAGCACGGCCGCGUACACUCUGCGCGGCGCACACAGCGAAUCGCGCGUACCUCCCGCAUUCCGCCUCCGCAGGACGCGUCCUUCGAACGGCGUGCUCCCCAGAGCAUUGCGCACCAGCCCCUGCGUUCGCGGGUGCGUUCGACGACUUUCGCAUGUCGCCAUCUCGCAGCGGGCCGGCCUCCAGCCCAAGACGGAACUCCUCGUCCGUCGUCCCCAGCGGCCCCAGAGACGGCGGAGCGUGCGCGGACGACGGUGCCGUCGCGAGCACUGGCGCACAGCACCCGUUCCGCGCACACAGCACCACCUGCGGGCCGAUUUUGGGUCAAUUUCGGGCGAGUUCGAGGACGGGCGCGAGAGAAUCGCACGUACCUCGGUCAGUUCGCCGCCGCAGAGCGUGGAAUUCGGACGGCGGGUGCUCCUGAACGGUUCACACGCGCCCCUGCGCUUGCGCGCGAUUUCUACGAGUUUGAGUUUUCGCCGUAUGGCGGCGAGAUGGCCGAGUCCGGCGCAAUGCACCGCAUGCGAGUACCCGCGGGCCGCCGCCAGCCUUCCCCAUUCUCAGCAAUUGCGCGACGCGCUCAAACGACUGUGUAG